AUGUCGGAAAGUAAAAUUGAAGUUAACAAUUAUUCGACAACAAACAAUGUCGAACAUCUUACAUCACCAUCAACAGUUACUGAUGAAAGUCUUCAUUUAACAAAUUCUGAUGUUACUAAUGAUGCAUCAAGUAAUGGAAAAGAAACUCAUCAAAAUUUAUUAUCAAACGAUGAUGUUGAUGAAUUAACUGAUCAAUUAGGUGCAUUAGAUUAUAAUAAACAUUCUCUAGAUCAACAAGACAUAGAUUCGGAACAUAUUCAAUAUGAUAAUUACGUAGAAAUUCAUUAUGAACAAGAUACAACGACCGAAAAUUUAAAAUCACCUACAUCACUUACAUCAGAUUCUGUUACUAAUGAUGAAAAUCAUUCUUUUGAAAAUUCAUCACUAAUUGGCACUCAUGAAUAUCCAACCGAUCUUGUUGCAAAUGUCGAACAACAAGAAUCAUUACCAAAAAAUUCUGAAUCUGUUACUCUUGAAAAUUGGUCUUCCUAUGCAACAUCUUCUGAAGAAUCUAUUACAGUCGAACAAGUUCAACAAUUCAUACAAAGACUAGCAGCAGAAAAUACGGUUUAUACAUAUGACAUUCCUCAUAUUGUAACUAUUAUUAAAGAUUCACAUGUGUAUGAUGCUCAAAAUGAUUCAAAUAUAGUAUCAAAUGAAUAUGUUAUAGAUGCAGAUCCAAUAUUUAAUACGGAAAAUGAUAAUGUACAAAUGAUUCAUAUCGAACCAACACAUUUUUCAUCAAUAACAAAUCAUUAUUAUGAUUCCCAAGUUAUCGACUCAAAUGUUAAUAGUCAACCAUUGAUAACUUACGAGACAAAUGAUGAAUUAAAUACAUCACAAUCGAUAAUGAAUGAAAAUGGUGAAUACAUAGAAAUUCCUGUAGGAGAAAUCAUCUUACCUGAUGAAUAUUAUCCAAAUACAAAUGAUGGUUAUCAAUCAAAUGUUUUACAUGAAGAAUAUAUUUAUAAUUAA